GCUGGACUAAUAGACAGACGCCAUGAGGCUUCUGCUGUUCCUGGGGUCCCUGCUGGGAAGCCUGGAGUCAGUGCUUUUGACUCCACCUUGGAAAGCCCCCAAGGAGCAUAAUCACAGAGUGGACGAGCACACAGUGGUUCUCACUGUCACUGGGGAGCCCUGCUACUUCCCUUUCCAGUACAACCGGCAACUGUACCAUAAAUGCACCCACAGGGGCCGGCCUGGCCCCCAGCCCUGGUGUGCUACCACCCCCAACUUCGAGCAGGACCAGCAAUGGGCAUACUGUCUGGAGUCCAAGAAAGUGAAAGACCACUGCAGCAAACACAGCCCCUGCCAGAAGGGAGGGACCUGUGUGAACAUGCCAGAUGGCCCACACUGCAUCUGUCCAGAACACUUCACUGGGAAGCACUGCCAGAGAGAGAAGUGCUUUGAGCCUCAGCUUCUCCAAUUCUUCCAUGAGAAAGAAAUAUGGCAUAGGCUUGAGCCAGCCGGUGUGGCCAAGUGCGAGUGCAGGGGUCCUGAUGUCCACUGCAAGCUGGUGGCCAGCCAGGGCUGUCACACCAACCCGUGCCUCAACGGAGGCACUUGCUUCCAGGCGGAGACUCACCGCCUGUGCCGUUGCCCCGCGGGCUACGCUGGACGCUUCUGCGACGUGGACACUGAGGCGCGCUGCUACCACGGCCGCGGGCUUGACUACCGCGGAGCGGCCGAUGCUGCGCUCUCGGGCGCUCGGUGUCAGCGGUGGGCCUCAGAGGCCAGCUACCAGGAAGUGCCUGCAGAGCAAGCGCUCAGCUGGGGGCUGGGCAACCACGCCUUCUGCCGGAACCCGGACAAUGACACCCGCCCUUGGUGCUUCGUGCGGAGCGGCGACCGGCUAAGCUGGGAAUACUGCCGCCUGGCGCGAUGCCAGGCACCGGACCUGGCGAUCCCUCAGAUCCUGCCUCCAACCCAAGUCCCCUCUGGCCGUCCGACCCUUCCCGUGCCCUCGCUCUCAGCGCUGCAGAAGCCCCAGCCCCCGACCCCAGCCUCGAGCGCCACGCGGGAGCAGCCCGCGGCCGUGCCCAGUUCGGGCUGCGGACAGAGGCUCCGGAAGCGGCUGUCCUCGCUGAGACGCGUCGUCGGGGGCCUGGUGGCCCUGCCCGGGGCGCACCCCUACAUCGCCGCCCUGUACUGGCGCCACAGCUUCUGCGCGGGCAGCCUCAUCGCCUCCUGCUGGGUGCUGACGGCGGCUCACUGUCUGCAGAACCGGCCGGCGCCGGGGGAGCUGACGGUGGUGCUCGGCCAGGACCGCCAUAACCGGAGCUGCGAGCAGUGCCAGACGCUGGCCGUGCGCGCGUACCGCCUGCACGAGUCCUUCUCGCCCGUCACCUACCAGCACGACCUGGCGCUGCUGCGCCUGCAGGAGACGGCGGACGGCCGCUGCGCGCUCCCGUCGCCUUUCGUUCAGCCGGUGUGCCUGCCUAGCGGCGCCGCCCGCCCAGCCGAGGCCGAGGCCGAGGCCGCACUCUGCGAGGUGGCCGGCUGGGGCCACCUAUUCGAGGGUGCGGGGGAAUAUUCCAGCUUCCUGCAGGAAGCGCAGGUGCCGCUCAUCCCUCCCCAGCGCUGCUCCGCCCCCGAAGUACACGGAGCCUCUUUUAUCCCGGGCAUGCUCUGCGCUGGCUUCCUCGAGGGCGGCACCGACGCCUGCCAGAAAUCACUGUGCCAGCAGCGCCGUCUGGUGGCAAAGAGGAGAACUCCCUCUUAGAGCACUACCUGCCACUCUGGAGCAGUCUGGGAGUGGUUGUGGUCACCCAUGGCAUUCAGGCCCGAUAGGAAGAGUGGAGAAUGGACAUAUAUGGUGGAUUACCACACUGGCUUCUGGAAGAGGCAGCAAGAUGGGGAUUCAGAAGUAUGGGCUCCAGAUUACACCAGGAUUUUCAUCUUACCUCAAUGGUAUGGACUUGGGUAAGCCUCUCUGAGCCUCAAUUUCCUUAACUGUAAAAUGGGCAAGUGAUAAAUCCUGUUUUCCCCCUUUGCAGGUCCUCAAAGGAUGCUUGUUUAAACCAUUGUCUCUGGAGGGGCACCUGGGUGGCUCAGUUGGUUGAGUGUCUGCCUUCAGCUCAGGUCAUGAUCCCAGGGUCCUUGGAUUGAGCCCCAAGUCGGGGCUCCCUGCUCAGCAGGGAGACUGCUUAACCCCACCCCCUCUCCCCCUGCUCGUUCUCUCUCUCUCUCUCUCUCAAAUAAAAUCUUAAAAAAAAAUUAAGAAAAAAUUGCAAUUGCCUGUGGAUUUUCUUCCACUAUUUGAAAACCC